AUGCCCUUGCGCAUCACCUCUGCUCCUGUUUCUGGUGUCAAGAAAAGAAGGAAACCAUCCAACACAGCGCUUCGCUCUUCUCCAUUUGCCAGUCAUGCUCGUCGCAGAGCUAUCGCACAGUCAUUCACCGAUGUCAAAUCCAAUGACCCCAGUGGCGAAUUCCGGGAAGAGUAUGGCCCAGGGCCACUUCCGGAUAUUGGAAUGUCACGAUACAUCCCAGAGACUACUCCAGUAGAGGAUGUUAUUCAGGCCAUAUGUCACAUCAGGGAUAGUUUUUUCGAGGACCUUCCCACUCGAACAGGCAUGAACAGCACCCGUGUCGCCGAGUUAUUGAAUCUUCGCCGGUCACUGCCACCGCUCGCCUCGGUAGCCCACGUCCACACAUUACUGGAUAUACCAACGAAGGUGGAGAGAGAGAUAGUGGACUCUGUAAAUUCUGGCAGAAUCCGUCGACUAAUUGUUCCGGGCAGAGGAAAUGAUGCGGCUGGGUUAGGGGAUUGCUUAGUUCUCUCGGAGGACUGGGAAAGGCUUGUGCGAGAUAGUUCUAUAGGAUCUCAUCUGAAAGACAAGUUUUUGGACGUGCUCAGUCGACCAGAUGUCACGUUUGCUGUCCCUGAUACACUCUUUUCUGCCCCAGAGUGUAUGGCGCUUGUCCGUGCUGGAUUUUUGGUCUCGUCCUCGUCUUCGGUCAAGGGAUCUCCGGGUAUAAUAUCGCUUCCGACCUUCCCCCCCACGUCUUCAUCCGGAAAUUCGGCCAGUAGAGGUGAUCCCGCUGCAUUGGAUGACAAAGAAGGCGGCAGCCGCUCUCGAUGCCAUACAACAGUUUUGUUCCUAUCCCUGCCAAACACAGGGCCUUACCUUAGGCUUCUAAGCUCUGGUAGAGCGCAUCUCCUCGCACUUAUUAGAAAAUCAAACUCUAGCGAGGUGCCCCUUCAUCUUCUCCGAGAUCGCUGGGAUGGAGCCGUCGAAACAGAUAAAAGUUUCAGUGCGGCGAAGAGAAUAAGAGGCGAGCACGCGGGCAUUUUGCCAGGUAGAACGAAGAAAUGGAAAGAAUUAUGCGGAAUGAAUUUUCGCUGGGUUCUAGAAGAAGCCCUCGGAGCCGGUUUGAUCGAGAUAUUCGAUACCGGUAGUGUUGGUCCGGGGGUACGUUGUCUAUGA